AAGUAUUUGUUGUUUGUUGUACCGGCAAUCUCGUCACAACAAAGUUUUAUAUACACGAAUUUUUAUUGAUUAUACACAUUUAAUUUUGUAUCAUGAUUUAUAAUUUAAACACUAACUUAUCAAUAAGUAAUGAUAGAAAUGUUGCUAAUAAGAAGCAGUUAUAAUAAACAGUUGUACAAAACACGUAUCCAUAUACGCCAAGGAAGAAAGUUACGAGACGACAGAACGGAGCAUAAUCUGAUAUUUAGUAGAACUUGAGUUUUUAAUUCAACAAGAAUAAUUAUCGACAUUAAUUACUUAACUAGAAACUGAUAAAGUAUGGGUGGUGAUGGUGAUUCGACUGUGGGUGGCGCGGUUGUGGGGUACGGACGCUUACGCCGUGAGCUGGACGACGCUGGGUACCGAGACGUGUUACCAUUGGAAGGUCUGCCCCUCGUUCAGCACAUUUUUUACGACCUGACCAAAACGACGCAAAGUUUACAAAAGGCCAUCAAGCAGUACUCAUACUACAAAAAGAUUGCUUUGGAAUUGGAAACCGGCGUGGGUCCAUUCAAGGAAGAAAAUGUUCGACUCAUUCGUGAAAACAGCCACCUUCGGAUGGCUGCCGUCCGAGCGUCGGAAGACUAUGAAGAUCGCGUUCGAGGCAUCCGAAAAAGAGUAGGAGAGUUGGAGGAGGAGAAAGUUGAUUUGAAACAGCUCGUAAAACAACUUUCGCAACGGUUAGAGAUUUUGACUUUUGAAAAGUCGGGAAGGAGUAAGUUGGAAGAAAAAGAUCAAGUGCAUGAUUUCGAUGAUUCCGGAAAAUCUGUACUGAAAGAUAAAGAAAAUUUGGAACAAGACAUGGAUUAUGAAUGCCGGCUCCCGUUCGACUUACCAGAUCCGUGCCCAUUUUGUGUUCGUGUGAAGAACCAAAAUAAUUAUGAUGGGGAUAAAAAGGCUGCAGAUUAUUUUAAGAUUACAGAUUCCAGAAUAGAAGCUCUCCAACUACAAAUUCGUGCUCUUAAAGAUGCCGAGAAGGAUAAGAACCAGUUGUUGUCAAGUAUGAAGUCCAAAGUGGAAAGUAGGGACCGAGAAAUUGAAAAACUUCGUCAAUACGUGACCAUCCGACCUGGCAAGGAUAAUGUAGCGAAUGGAAUGAGUUCAGAACUAUUAUCCAAUAACGAGUCUAAGGAUUCAGAGUUACGAUUAAAAUCUGCUCAAAUGCAAUUGGACAUGUUACAAAAGAGGAAUAUCAAUUUGGAAAAGAAGUUGAAAUCGUCAAUAUUACAAGAACACGACGACUUCAUGAUGGGAAGAACAAGGACUCCAGCCGAACGAGAGCUGCUCCGUAGUCUUGCCGCAUUGGACGUCGACACCUAUCCCACUCAUCCCGAAGCCACUUUAAAUGAAAAAUUGCAGAACUUGGAACAACAACUAUCCAAUUGUUGUAAGGAGAAAGCAGCACUUAAAGCCGCACUGGAAAAAUGCGAAGCAAGACAUCGCCAUCAUCAUCAAGGAGGAACUUUGGUGGUCAGUGAAAAAUCCAAAUCGUCCAAAGUACCCUCGGCUGAUGACUUGCCAUCUUCUCCCUCAGCCACACAUGACGAAGAAGGCCAAGAAUCAGUCAGUGAUGGAGAAGAUGGGCAUGGUGGCAAUAGGCGAGAGUCUGCCGAAGAAAAUAAACGACGGGAUCAAAGACCAAGUCAAAUUGUGUUCCAAAGUGACGGCGGACUGUUUCGUUAUCCACCCGCAGGUCACGGAGGGAGAAGUGGGCCGGCAAGGUCUAUACUUAAAUCUAAAACAAUGAGUGUUGUUUCGUCCAAAAAACCAAGUGUAGUUCCUGUUCCAUCUUCAAAAAAAUCUAAUCAUAAAUCCCACGUUUCUUCUUCCCGUUUCAGUGCAAAAAGUAGCAAUGUAGUUCCUCCAGUUCCUCCACCCAAAAAGUCAUCGAAUAUUAGACCUCCUGGUGCCACGAGUCUACCGGAUAAAAGUGUCGCUAGUGAUCAAAAGUUAAAUGUAGGUGCAGGAGCAGGACCUGGAAUUCGUCAAACAAUGCCAAGAAUUACAGGGUCCAGCACUAAUCCGGGAUUGGAUUCAAUAAAGUCAUCGCAAACAUCGCAACACAAGUCGACCGCUUCUUCUGAACGCCAAAGUAAAUCUGAUGUUGCAGUCAGCAAACAAAAUUUACAACAGGACUUGCGAAGCAAAUCAAGUUUACGUCCCUCUGAACCUAUUGUACUCGCUGAUGAUUCUGAUAUCGAAGAAGUAGACCAAACUGAAACAGACUCUGAGUCGGAUGAAUUUCUGGAUAAAAAAUCAAUGCUUGUAAAUGCAUUUAGUACCCCAAAGACUCACUCUCCUUCAGGCAGACCCGGCGCAGCAAUCGCAAGGUCAAAGGGAACAUCGAAAUCUGAAAUUGGAAUGGGUAGAUCAUCUUCAAAAGAGGCUAUCGGGUUGUCGACAGAGUCAUUGACGCAGCAGAGUAAAAACAAGCUGAGAUCAAGUGAUGAAAAGAGGUCUAUGCAGCGUAUCUCGUCCUCUGGGGUGACUGAACGAGACAGUGCUGCUGCAAUGCAACCUUCAUCACAAAGAUCAUCGGCAGAAUCGAUUAAUAGUGACAGUAGAGCCACUAGCCCCAGCCCAUCAACCGACGGAGAAGAUCGUGUUCAUGAUUCAGAUCUUGACAGGCAAGCAUUUGAUGACCACAGGGACGUUCAUUAUGUUGAAGUCCGUACUACUCCGCUAGAGACGAAUGGAAAUGGGAAAGAAAAACUGGAUUUUCUCUCCUCUAAAUCUAAACAAGCUAGCCGUCAUGGUGCCAGUCUGAAAGGAAUUGAAAAGAAGCCGUCCUCAGAACGUCGAAUAGAAAAUGUCCAAUCUCAAGAUCGUGGUAGAUUAAAGAAAUCUCAAAGUAUUCAUGUGCAGGAGGGAGAAGACGAAGAAACUGAAACUAAAAGUCCACAAAAAUACCAAGAGAGAGCUGAGCCCAAAAAAAGUCAUCAAAGAGGAAAACAUCGUGAUGACGACCAAAGAGAAUCCCCAGCUGCUGUUGUUUCAGAUUUAAAAAAAUCUGAUCACAGGAAAGGUCGAACUAUUACUCCGGGUUCACAGCAACAACAACAGCAAGUGUCUAAACCUUCACAAAUCCGAAUGGAAAGUGUGGAUGAAGAUGACAAAUCCUUGAAUGGUAUAGAAUCUGAAGAUGACGAUGAAAUAAUUGCAUUAAAACGACCAGGGCCAGAUAGACAAUCGACAUCAACAAGAAAAUCUGACCAAAUUAAAUCUGACUCCACUAAAAGUUUAAAGACCACUCCGACUCUAACAGGAAAGACGAAAAGUGGAGCAGCUACAAAGUCCAGCAGAUCACAAGAGAGAAGUCGAGAUGAAAAAAGUCGUGAACGUGAACGAAUGUCCACCGAGCAGGAGAGGGGACCUACCUCAAGUCAUGAUAGAACAGCCACAUCCUCAGACAAGCAAUCUGCUAAUGGGCAUGACAAGCGAUCUCCUAAAGAAACGCCUAUGCGUUCUCGGGACCCUACUCCUGGGAGACAAGAGGGAAGAUCGGGACUCAUCAGUGAACUAUCAUCAGAUAAGACGCCGGUUUCUAAAUCCCAGCACCCAUUAGAAGCACAAGUUUCCAACUUACAACGAGAAUUAGAAACCAAAAAUGUCAAGUUGGCCAGCAUGAAUCAAGCCUGUGAUCAACACAUUAAAGAACUAGCUCAUCUCAAGGCCGCCCUGCAAUCUGCUGAGCAACAAUUUGUCCGCUCAUCAUCGAAAGAAUCCGGAUUCGAGCAAGAAUUGGAAAUUCAACGUUUAAAACGACAAAUUACCAAUCUGCAAAAAGACCUGGAACAUUUGGCAAAAGAAAGGGACGAUGCUGUCGAAGAAUGUAGGCGACUUUCGAGAGAAAUUUCCAUUGAAAAGAGCAAAUCUGAGAAUUACAAGUGGUCUUCACAAAAUCUCCAGCCACCGUUUUCCACUCAAUCUUCUUCCCGACCUCAAAUUUCACAAAGGGAUGAACUCGAAAUGUCACGCCGACUCAGAGAACAAGCGAUGCGAGAACAAGAACUAGAGCGUGAAGUUUCCCGAUUAAAGUCCAACAUAAACGCUUUAGAAAGAAAUAAAACUGAGCUAAGAAUGGAAUUGGACCACAAGGACGAGCGGCUUUCCCGUUUGAGUGUGGAAUUGUCUAAAACACAAAAAUCUGGCCGGCCAUCCGAGUACCAAAGCAUUGGGCCUGGCGUUAUGCCCACAACCAGCAUUGCAGCCAGAGAGCAAGAACGAGAAGUUCAAUAUUUGAAGCGACAAAACGAAUCUCUUCGGCAAGAAGUGGAGGCAAGUAGGAAGGAAAGGGAUGAGGCUGUCCGAGACGCUAGGCGGCUUGCUCUUGCCACUGACCCCACCAGUGGUGUAGGAGGAGGAGUAGGAGGAGGCAUGAUGUCUACCGAUGUUAUUUAUAAGAGAGCAUCCAUGAUGGAACAACACACCUCAGUCACGUCUCAACUCCCUCAACGAGACCAAUUUGAAAUGGCUCGUCGCCUCAGACAACAAGCCGCUCGAGAACAUGAACUUGACGACGAGAUUUCUCGUCUUCGCUCAUCUGUAGGAAAACUUGACCGUGACAAGGACGAAAUGCGAGCUGAACUUGACCGCAAAGAUGAAAAGAUGGCCAGGAUGAACUCAGACUUUGAAAAGCAAUUGGCCGACAUGUCCAAACUUCAACUCGCCUUGAAGAACACAGAGUAUCAACUCGGCCACACUGGUGACACGGCACGCGAGCACGAAAGAGAAGUACAACUGCUCAAGAGGCAGAUUGAGUCGUUAAGAAGAGAUUUGGAGGUAUCAAAUAGUGAACGGGAUGAAGCUGUCAAGGAUUGUCGACGACUUGCUGGGGCAGUUUCUAAAGAGGAGAUUGAGCGAAGAAGUUUGAAUGUCGAAUAUGAUAAAAAGAGCAAGGAGGCAGAUGAGUUGAGAAAACAGGUUCAAAAAUAUAUCGAGGAAGUGCGAAGAAUUGAAGACUUGUUACUUCAGAAGGAAGAAGAAAUGGAAACAUUGAUUGAGCACUACAGAACUUUAUCACUAGAAAAAAACAAUUUGGAAACGCAACGAGGCACCCUCGAACGGGAAGCAACCUCCAUUCGAAGCGACGUGUUGGAAACGGUGGACCUUAAUAUCACCAUGAAGAACCAACUCGUUUCCCAAAAUGCUCUGAUUGUAUCAUACGAGCAGGAAAUUGAGAGAUUGACACUGGCCUUAUCAACAGCGGAAAAUCAGUUGGCCAAUGUGACGGAUAAAGAUAGGAGCUCAGAGUCUGAUAUAAAAGCUGCGAGGGAUUUGAUUUACACAAUGGAGACCAAAAUGGAUAAAUUGAAAUUGGAUUUAGCUAAUGCUGAGAGUGCUAAAGCGAAGUUGGAAGCUGAAAACCAAGAGUUGAGGAAACACAUUGAGCUUUUAGAGGAGCAAUUACAAAUUCAGAUCGAAAAGGAAAAGACACUUCAAGAAUUUAUCGCCAGCUUGAGGGAGAAGGAAUUUGAGGUGGAAAGAAGUUCACAAGAUCUCUCUACUGAAAAGGACAAACUGGCAGAUCGGCUAAAAUCAAUGCAAACCCGAACUGAAGCACUGAACGACGAAGUCGCAAAAUACCGAUUGAGGUCGACCGAGCUUCAAAAUGAGCUGGAUAAAACACGAAGACAGCUUCUAUCUGAGAAAUCCCAACGUGAAACUGCAAUCGCAGAGCUGAGACGUGUUCAAGAGCAGCUAAAUAAUUCUAGUACGAAUUCCUUACUAAAUGCUGCAUUGGCUGGAGGGACUUCUUCCAGUUCAGCGGAGGCUGGAGCUCUAGGGUCCAGAUUUGGAGGAGCAGGGACCUCGUCUGGCACAGGGGCAACUGUUCUUCUUCCUCAUCCUCCCACUGGCAGUGGCGGCGGGGGUGGUUUAAAUACAUCAGGGUCAAGUGGCGGAGAUUUGCCAUUUUCACCAAUGUCAGAGGCUUAUUUGGACUCUCCAUUGGGUGCAUCUACUGCCAGAUCUGGCCGAGACAUUGAUGAAGAUAAGCUGUAACCCGGUGCAAAAUUUGGAUAUUGCCAAAAUACGCUUAUACAUAUAUUAGUCCGUCCUGUGAAAAGUUGCAUGUUUUUAAAGUGAUUUUUACCAAAUGUUUCAUAAUCUAUUUCAUAAUCUCAAAUUUAUUUUUCCAAAAAAUUCAUGACAUUAAACAAGUUUUUCUGAAAUUUUAA